GCUGAUGAUCCAGCUGCUGUGCGCGUGAGUGUGUGCGAGGACAUGGAUACAGCUGGCGUUUACCACUGAAACCGAUCACUUUACAGUGCUACCGUGACACUGAGGCACUUCCGAGAGCGACAAAACUUCUUCCACAGCCGCACUCAUGUGAUUUUCCCUUUCUUCGAGCCAUGUCCAAGACCCUGAAGAAGAAGAAGAACCACUGGACAAACAAAGUCCACGAGAGUGUCCUUUGCAGGAAUGAGGAGGGGGAACUGGGGCUGGAGUUGAAGGGCGGCGCAGAGAAUGGACAGUUCCCGGUUAUCGGCGAGCUUCUCCCGGGCAGAGCGGUCUGCCAUAGCGGCAAACUCUUCCAGGAUGAACUCCUGCUGGAAGUCAAUGAUACCCCUGUGGCUGGACUCACCACCAGGGACGUCCAUGCUGUGGUCAAGCACAGCAAAGACCCCCUCCGACUCAAGUGUGUCAAACAAGGGGGCGUGAUAGACAAGGACCUGCGCCACUACCUCAACCUGCGUUUCCAGAAAGGCUCAGUGGACCACGAGCUGCAGCAGAUCAUCCGGGACAACCUCUACCUCCGCACCGUCCCCUGCACAACCAGGCAGCCCAAGGAAGGAGAGGUCCCAGGGGUGGAUUAUAAUUUCGUGACCAUUGACCGGUUUAUGGAACUGGAGAAAAGUGGAGCCCUGCUAGAGAGUGGAACAUAUGAAGAUAACUUUUACGGCACCCCAAAGCCUCCGGCUGAGCCCAGCGCUCUGCUGCUAAAUGUAACGGACCAGCUGCUCCCGGGCGCCAGACCCAGCUCAGAGGGCAAGAGGAAACGCAACAAGUCAGUCAGCAACAUGGAAAAAGCCAGCAUCGAGCCCCCCGAGGAGGAGGAGGAGGAGAGACCCAUUGUUAAUGGCAACGGUGUUGCUGUCACCCCAGAGUCAAGUGAACAUGAGGACAAGAGCACAGAUGCUUCAGGGGACGUCGGCCCGCAGAUCAACCCAGCAGAGGCCCCGAGCGAGGUACCCAAAGAUGACGGACAGAUCCCGAAGAUGGCAGUGCCCAAACCAGAGGAGAACGAUGAGCUAGGGCCGCUGCCAGACAACUGGGAGAUGGCAUACACUGAGAAAGGAGAAGUCUACUUCAUAGACCACAACACUAAGACAACAUCGUGGCUGGACCCGAGGCUAGCCAAGAAAGCAAAGCCGCCCGAGGAAUGCAAAGAGGAUGAGCUUCCGUACGGCUGGGAGAAAAUCGAUGACCCCAUUUACGGCAGCUACUAUGUCGAUCAUAUAAAUAGAAGGACCCAGUUUGAGAACCCAGUCCUGGAAGCUAAAAGGAGACUCCAGCAGCAGCAGCAGAUGCAAAGCCAGGGCCUGUCCUCACUGCCCCUUCCCACCAUCUACAGAGUGGAGGAUGCCAGCCCCUGUGCCACCCUCCCCAGAUCCCCCCACGGCCAGGUCGGCCCGGUGCCCGAGCGCUGCCAUAGCCUCAGCGACCUCUCCCGCUCGCCAGCUCUGGGCCACAGGACUGCUUCGUAUACCAAAUCCUCCUCCGCCGAUGUCUCCCCGCUCCGGCGUGUUCUGACACGGCGGAUGAAUAUGUGCCCCAAUCACAAGCAGAAACAGCAACCCCUUCACACAUCCGCCUGCGCUGUAGUGCUAGAGCAGCCAGUCUGUAGCCCCUACUCCCUGUGGCACUUUGUCAAGAAGCCGCUGUUUACGCGGGACCCCACCCAGCUGAAAGGCAGUUUCUUGUCCACAUCACUCCAAAAGAGCAACAUGGGUUUUGGCUUCACUAUCAUUGGAGGGGAUGAGCCCGAUGAAUUCCUCCAGGUCAAAAGCGUUAUCCCCGAUGGGCCCGCUGCAGCAGAUGGAAAGAUGGCUACAGGUGAUGUUAUUGUCUACAUCAACGAUGUGUGCGUCCUGGGUACCACCCAUGCUGAUGUGGUGAAACUCUUCCAGUCUGUACCUAUUGGCCAAAGCGUGACCCUCGUAUUAUGUCGCGGUUAUCCUUUGCCGUAUGAGCCAGAGGAAGCUGCCAACACCAACAACAACACCACCACCAUCAUCUCCCCACUGGGCAUCAUGGAGCAGCGGCCCAUUAUUGUGAAUGGCAGGACGGGCUACGAUAACUACCUAGAUUAUCUCACCCGCACGGCACGCUUUGUUACAGACCCCAGUCAGGACCCAGUCAGCGCCCAGCAGCAACUGCUCACUGGUCACCCAGCGGACACCCACUUAGAUGGCUCGCUUCCUCCCACCACGGGUACUACGCCACCAGACAGCGUCUCUAUGGCAUCAUCGGGCGCGACCCAGGGGGAGCUACUAACCCUGACCAUGGUGAAGGGCGUGGAUGGGUUUGGCUUCACGAUUGCGGACAGCGCCACAGGUCAGCGUGUUAAACAAGUCCUGGAGCCUCAGGGCUGCCCGGGCCUGUGCGAGGGCGACUUGAUUGUGGAGAUUAACAAGCAGCCCGUGCAGGGAUUCAGUCACACACAGGUGGUGGAGCUGCUCAAGGAGUGCCCUGUGGGAGCUGAGACCUGCCUCUUGGUUCAGAGAGGUGGAACAGGUCACUAUUCACCCUGGAAGACCCCUAAGCAGGUGCUGGAGCAGUGGGAGUCCCAGCAGGGCCAGAGCAGCCCUGCUCAGACCAGCCUGUCGGCUCCUGUUAUCCCCCACAGCGCCCCCUUCCCAACACACCAUCUUCACAGGGCCUCGGUCCCUGAGUCUGCCUCCGAGGCCUUGGUCCUGGCAAAGCCAGACCCAUAUGACCUUUAUGAGAAGUCCAGGGCUAUCUUUGAGAGUAGGCAUCCUGGGCAGCCAAGGACUGUUUUUCCUGUGGACUCUUCAGGAGGAGAGUACCAGGACAUCGAGGUCCACCUGCGCCGACAGAAGUCCGGGUUCGGUUUCCGGGUGCUGGGCGGGGAUGAGGCGGGGCAGCCUGUGAGUCCGGAGGCGCGUGAGAAGAUCCUCAUCGGGGCGAUCAUCGAGAAGAGUCCAGCGGAUCUAGAUGGGCGCCUGCGGCCCGGUGAUGAGCUGCUGUUUGUUGAUGGAAUCCCAGUGGUGGGGAAGCCACACAGAUAUGUCAUUGACCUGAUGCACGGGGCAGCGCGUACCGGCCAGGUGAAUCUGGUUAUCAGGAGGAGGGUUCAGGCGGCAGGCGAGUCUUGUCCAGAAAACGGCCGCAGCCCAGGUUCUGUCUCCACGCAGCACAGCUCCCCACGUAGUGACUUCACGUAUGGCAACAGCACCAGCACACCCCAGGCUCCCAACGCUGGCAUGGGCAACGCCGGUGCUACUUCAGACGGGACCUCGAACACACAACCAAGCGAUGUCAUAAUCAGCCGAAAGGAGAGCGAGGGCUUCGGCUUCGUCAUCAUCAGCUCGCUCAACCGGCCUGAGGCGGCCACAACUAACACUGUGCCCCACAAAAUUGGCCGCAUCAUCGAGGGCAGCCCGGCAGACCGCUGCGGGAAGCUGAAGGUGGGAGACAGGAUACUGGCGGUGAACAACCAGUCCAUCGUCAACAUGCCGCACGCUGACAUCGUUAAGCUGAUCAAAGAUGCGGGCCUUAGUGUCACCCUGAGGAUCAUACCACAGGAAGAGGUGAGCAAUCCUCCAUCAGCCCCCAGCUCGGAGAAGCAGAGCCCCAUGGCUCACCAGCACAGCCCUAAGGCCCAGCUAAACACUGCAGCCUCCCUGUCUAACCAAGCAGUGACAGAACCGAGCCCCUCUGCCAGCCAGCCCAACCCCAUGCCCCACCAGAGCCCUGUGACUCAGCUUCCUGCCCCGACACCUCAGACCUACACCCACGAGGGCAGUUACAGGUCUGAGGUGAAGGCGAGGCAAGAUGUUAAACCAGACAUCCGACAGCCACCAUUCACAGACUACCGACAGCCGCCAGUGGACUACCGGCACCCUCCCGUGGCAGACUAUCGGCAGCCGCCCACGUUGGAUUACAGACACCCGCCUCUGCUGGACUAUCGACAGCUAGCCACAGAUGCUAGACAGUUUGCCAUCCCAGAGUACCGAAUGCCACCAGUUCAACUUACACAGGACUUCGACUUCUUCACAGUGGAGCUGGAGAAGAGCGUGAAGGGCUUCGGUUUUAGCAUCCGUGGAGGGCGGGAGUACAAAAUGGACCUCUUUGUCCUACGACUCGCAGAGGACGGGCCGGCCAUUCGCAACGGGAGGAUGAGGGUUGGGGACCAGAUCAUUGAGAUCAAUGGAGAGAGCACUCGGGACAUGACCCAUGCUAGGGCUAUCGAGCUCAUCAAGUCUGGGGGCAGGCGGGUUCGUCUCCUCCUAAAGAGGGGUACAGGGCAGGUCCCAGAGUACGACAAUGCCGCCCCAUGGGAUGGUCGCCCUUCAGCCUCCCCAAGCCUGUCGGAAAUAGCCCCUCCCAUCGAAAGCCUUUCCAUGUCAUCGCCUUCAUCUCAUCUAGCCCCAGCCCCCGACCUUCCUCAUCUGCCACCUCAGGAUGUCCAUCGAGACCCGGUGGCACGAGAUAGCAGGACGGAGCGUUCGAAGAGCCCCCAGAAAGCCGAGCUGCUAAACCCAGACCCAAUCAGCCACGCGAGGAGAGCGGCUGCAACCAGCGGGAGCAGCAGAGCUAAGAAGGAGGGUGGCAGGUCCACCCACAAGGGCCUCAGGAUGCAGCCGACUCCUGAUGGGGAAGGGGGCAAGGACGGGCAGAGCGGAGAGCCUAAACCUUCCAGAAGCAACAGAGAAAGGUCCAAGGAGAGAAAUACUAGGGACAAUAGAGAGUCCACUCACUCUCCUAGCAGCUCUAAGCUCCCACACAUUAACGGGAACAGCAGGGAAGAUGUAGAGCGCUGGAGUGGUGCAAAGCAGGGGGAGCUGGAGCAGAGCAAGCCCAGGCCCAGGGAACUAGAAAGGGGCCAGGGAGAGAGAUGGCCUAGCCUACCCAACAAGAGCACCAGCAGCAGCAGCAUCGCAGCGGGGAGGAAGGCCACAGUCUCUCCUGGACCUUGGAAGAUCCCUGGAUCAGACAAGCUGCCCAGCACCCUGCGCACAGGCACGUCCACUCUGAGCAGAUAACCCCGCAGCUUCAGCAGAAAACAGUGGCCACACUCAUCUGAACUAAACCACCCCAUCUGGAUGAAAGUACCAUUCUCACACCCUCCUGUGCUCCUGCAUCCCCUCAUCGACCUGUUCUCCCAUACAGUCAAAACCAAGAGGAGGGGGGCAGGGUGAUCUGGACCACGUGUUUUUAAAGUUUUAUUUAUGGAACUGUAUUUUAAAUUAUUUUGGAGAAACAUAUUUUACACCUACCACCUUAAGAACUGGAAAAUCAUCCAAGUUAACACACACAAAAGAAGAGCAAAUAGAGUCUUUGUGUAGCGUGGUGGGAAUCAUUUGUGGAGUAAAUGAAUUUUGAAGACCUCUAUUUUGCUGAACUGAGGGGGGGGGGGGUGCAAACAUGCAAAUAUAAACAACAUAGCAGGAAGUAAAUGUCGGUUGGAUUUUUUAUAUAUAUAUCUACACAGUGGAGUCUAUUUUAUGAAAAGGAAUGUUUAACGGAUGUUUUUGAGGAGAGUGAAUGGAUCAAAGAGCGACCGCGGAAAUGAAAUCGACUCAUCAGCAGAAACUUUGCCUUAACAGAGACUGUAUUGGGCCUGAACCUGUCUUGAAUAAUCUAUCAGAUGAUUAUAGACAUAGAUAUAUUAUAACGAAUAUGAAUAUGUGGGAACAUUUUGUAAAUAAGAUCAUCUUUAAGUGAACAUAUAGAAAUUCUAGUCUACAAAUAAAUGAGCGAAGCAGCACGACAUGCCCCGGAUCUUUAGGUAGCUCCUUGCUCCUGCACACUCCUGUUCCGCCCUGCGAUCACAGGUCUGAGUCUCAGCAAGCCUGCUGCGAUCCACUGCACGGCCUGUUUGAAUCAUUCGGGCUUCAGUGGGAGUGUCUCUUCAAUCUGUUUUCCUUUCUUGUGUGCUUAACGAUCAAAGCAAUCUGCGACAGUGGUGUCCUGUCGGACACUGAGAGAAGGAGCUUGCGCGAUACCAACGAAGGGGCAGAGUGCCUUAGACUGAGGACAAAAGGUUCAACCAUGAAAAUACUGCAGAGGGUUCAACAGAGGCUGCUAUACAACACCCACUCUACAGAUAUAAAUAUAAACUGCAUUUCUUUAGUGUGACACGGUGAAAUAUAUAAUUUAUUUCACAAGCUUAUGUAUGAAAAUGAGUCCAUUAGCGGAGGUAUCCACGGUCCCUUUUUAUUUGUGCAAGUGGUUCAUCUCGGGUCAUGAUGCUUUUCAUUACUGAUUUCUUAAUGAGGUCUGACACCAGUAAUUUCCAUGAAGAAUUGCUUAUAUGAGAUUGUGUAAUCAAACGUCGCCACAUGGCAGACAGAGCUUUGCACCCUAAACCAAACCAAAUUAAUAAAAUCUGAUAUUAAUUCAGUAGAGAAUCAAUCUCACCUUCUCAGAAGCUCACUUGCGUAACAAUCUGCAUCUUGAAGGAAGGACUGAAUGCUCAUGUGAACGUGACACUUUGUCAGCUGCUGAAUUAAAUUUUUUUUUAAGAGAUUCUGUCUACACUGUGUGAUAUUGAGACAUAUAUCCAUGCCAAAGCUCUUUUGAGGGUUCCUGGGUUUUUUUUUUAAGCAUUCCUGCCCAAGAAUCUGACUGACUUUGAAGGCAACGCUUGUAUUUCUAUACAUCAAGCUCGUAACUAGCUAAGCCCUGCCGCCUUUGGUUACUGCCACAGUUCCUGUCAAGCUUUCUAUUCUUGCACAAUGUUUGAUAAAACGGUGACGCUAAGACUUCAAACGGCGCGUUCUUGAUUACAGGCAGAGGUACUUGAAAGCAGCUUGACAUUUAAUGUCACAGGAGGGAAAGAUUUUUAGGAUGAAGACUGUCAGGUGAAGUUGGACAAAAUGUCUCAUCUGUCUCAGAUAGCAUUGCCUGAGGUUGCUGGAACAUAAACUACACAAAACUACAAAAGUUACGUUGAUACUAUAAUAAAGAGCGUUGGGGAAACUUAAUUGAAUUAGUAAUUUUACAAACCUUUACAAUCUAAAUAUUGCUCAUACUAGAAGAAGGUGAGCUAUAGCAAAAAGGCCCUAAGAACUUCAGGGUUUUGCACUUGUUGGCAGUGUAGUCUUUGAUCUGGUUUUUCCAAGUUUAGCGCAAAGUCCAGUCCUGUGACCUGGCAUUGUGUUGCAUUUAAAUGUAAAAAGACAGAAGAGGUAACCUAGUAACCUUUUGCAGCACAGAGUCUUAUAAAUGCACAGCGUGCAAUGCUGCUCCUUUAUGUUUGCUGACUGUCUCAGUUUUCAUAUAAGGUGCAAUGAUGAGUAAGAAACGGAUAAAAUUUGAUAAAAGUCAGUUAAUUUUUUUUUUUACACAGUAUUAAUAUUACUAAAAUGUUUCAAAAGAGAAAGCUACUGUACUGAGGUCAAAUAUGCAUAUGCUAUAUGUGUGUGUAAAAAGCUGUUUGCUAGCCUGUUAGCCACAACAGCAUUAAAGUCAUAAUACCAGUAUGUCAGUGUUGUGUUCAGAUAGCUGCACACUCAUAAAGUGGCCAGAAAAAAUGUACUGGAGUCUAAAAAUAAGCAACGGUAGCUGGUAUUCAGUAGAUUACAGUAAAAAAAAAAGCUAAAAAGUCCCCUCUUUCCUUUUGACAAUAAAAACAUCUUGGUUUAUUUCCAGACUGCAAUAAAUUCACAUUUUAAAUUGUGCAUGCAUAAAAGUGUCAUCCACACUUUUAUAGUCUGGAGAGUUGUUUAGUGUGGGUCUUAAAUGUGAGCCUAGUGCGCAGCCAAAGCCGUCACUGUUUAUAACAAUCAGUUCAGUUUUAUUUUUAAUUUUAAGUUAUAACUAAAGUAGGACUAACGUUAAUCCUAAUUUUGAGUUAAUAAGUUAAUAAAAUCUCAAGAUACCUCCAUCAAAAUAUUCAGAAAAGAGCUUUGAAUUAAAAACUCCGUAAUACUAAAUGAAACAGAAAAGCCCUACAAAAUAACCAAAAUCCCUGUGAUAAACCCACAGACUGUGACAGAAAAAUGGGUGGGAUUAUUUCAUUGCAUUUAUGGAACAUUUAUUUGUAGUUUCUGUAGUGAAAAACCCAAAUAUAUGGCAAAAUAAUAAUUGGAUUACAUGAAUCACUGCAUCAAAACAAAUGAAGUUCAACUGCCAGCAAGCUAUAAUAAUAAAAUAAUGUUAAAAAUACUAAUUUAGUUACAUGUAGUUCUCUGUUCCCCAACACUGUAAGUCACCCUGCAAAGGAUUACAGAUAAAGCAUUAAUUCCUUUUGCUAUUGUUUUUAGUUUUGAGGCUAAAUAACUGCGCAGAGAUAUCACCCACCCUUAAAUGUGCCAAACAGUAAGCACACCACACAGACAAGCGCAUGAAUCCAAAGCUUGACAGGGCUGCAGUGCAUUCUUUGAGUCACUAAAAUGGAACUGAAUGGCUGUUGAAUGGGAGGAAUCUAGCAAACGGUUAAUUUUGAGUAUUUUUCUCUGAAUGAGCCGCAAUCAGAGAGCCUAAGAAAAAAACAAAAAACCUCCUUUCCUUCUUCUGCUGAGGGACAUACUGAUAGUGUUUGAGUGAGCAGAGGGACACAAGUCAUUAUGUUUGCCGUUGUAAUCCGUAAUUACACACGCACUAAGCAGACUGACUUAAAAACACAAUCCAACACAGAGGGUUUGAAAUGGGAGGAAUGGAGGAAUCACCAGCCGGGAGCAAACAAUUGAGCUUUUCAGUCACUUGUAAAAUGCCUCAGUUACACGCCGUCACAUCACAACCAUUUAGUUGGACUGCUCCUUUAUUUUGUGACUUCAGAUUUGAGCAGAAGCUGGAAAACGUGUCUUUUUUUGCUCUGCCUUUGCACAAAUCACUGCUUUCCACAUCUGAGCUGUCUCCAUCGAGUCAAACUGUAAGUAGUUUUCUAGGGAAAUUUAAAAAGAAAAAAAAAACCUAGGGGUGUGUUAAAGUGUGUGUUUGAGAACGACAAACACACGCUUUCGCACCACCAUAUAAACCCCAACAACCUGAGCGGCUCAGUAUCACUGUGUAGUGUUAUAGCAGUGUGUAGACCCUGAACAAAUAUCUCUAUAAAUAUGACUCGGUGUACUAUUGAUGGUCACAAAGACUGUAAGUGGAGCAACUAUUUUUAUGAAAUGCAACACUAUGAAUAUAUUAACUUUUGCAAAAAUCUUGUUUACCUGUAUGAUAUUCUGAAACGCUGUCAAAAUAAAACUCUUGACACAAGAUGGGAAAUUUCUUAGGAUGUGCCGCUGUGUGAGUCCUUGUGGAUGUAUGGAUGCUGUUUUUGUUUGCUCUGUUAUGGCCGCAGAGGUUGCCAAAUGCAAGAUUUGAUUAAUCAACAAAUAAUUUUUUUAUGUAAAGUAUUUUUAAAAAUUGCCCAAAAAGGAGAGGGGAGUCAAGCAGUUAAAUAAUGCAUAAACCAAACCAGAUAUGAAGAGUAUAAGAGAUUCCGUUUUGCCUUAAUUCUUAAUGGCAUGGAUUCAACAAGGUGCUGGAAAGGUUCCUCAGAGAUUUUGGUCCAUGUUGACAUGAAAGCAUCACACAGUUGAAUCUCCUGUUUCACCACAUCCCAAAGGUGCUCUACCAGAUUCAGAUCUGGUAACUAUACAGGCAAUUUGAGUACAAUGAACUCAUCACGUCAUGUUCAAGAAACCAUCCUCUACACCAUUACAUCAGUACUGCCAGCCUGAACAGCUGAUACAAGCCAAAAUGUUUUCCAUGUUUUUGUGUUGUUUACCCAAAAUUCUCAUCCUACAUCCAAAUGUACCGACUGAAAUUCAAACUUGGAUCAGGAAAGAUUUUUCAAUCUUGCCAAUUGUAGCUUGAUUUCUUGUUCACCUGGUGUGAUCUUCUGCUGUGGUAUCCAAUCUACCUUUGCUGUAAUGAGUGGUUAUGUGAGCUGAACUUUAGCAGGUCAUCUUGACCAUGUCUGCAGGACUAAAUGAACUGAUUUACUGUCAUGUGACUGGUUGAAUAGAUGUUGUUAAUGAUCACCUGAACUUACUACUAAAUAAUGGAUCUACAGUGCUGAGACCAUCGCCAGAACACAAGUUCACACGUGGAAAUGUUCUUUUUUUAAAAAAGCUACAUUUUCAAUGAAAAAGCUGCAGUUAGUGAAUUUAAAGUAAACUAUUUGAGUCUGCCCUGGUCUAAAUCAGCUAAGUGAUUUAUUACAUUGAGUUCUAACUCAAACUGUAAAUAUAAAACAGCAGUUACCACCUUCACAGCUCUAUCUGAUACACAUUAAAAUUGUAACUUUACAGUCUGCUAUAAACCAUGUAUUCAUUGUUUGUGUAUCAUUCAUAAAUUAUUUAAGCAAACUGUUUUGUAUUGAUUUGCUCUGUAUUCUGCAGUCUGCCUCUGCUCAACUCUUGCCUAUGAAGUGUCUCAGUUUGGCCACAUGGAGGCGUCUGGUAACCAGAUUGUAAUCUAACAACAAAACUACCAAAGGAAAUAGUCUGGUGUUAAUGGUUUUAAUUGUUCAGUCGCAUGCUAAUAUUUUUGUUUUUUUAAAUUAGUGAUUUCCUUUCAUAUGCUGGAGAAAAAAUGAAAUAGAAU